GACAAACAGUUAUUAAGAAUAUCGCUGCUUCUGGCAUAGCAAGAGAUAAUGAAGGAUCACUCUAUGUGUCUGAUUGGACUGAGAACAUUGUGAAAAAAUGGCGUGUUGACGAGACAAUUGGACAAGUGAUUAUUUCAGGACUUAAUCGUCCUUGCUUACUGUUUGUUGAUCUCAAUCAAUCUAUCGUUGUAGCUGAUCAAUGGAAUCACAGAGUAAUAAAAGUAGAUAAUGAAACAACACAAAUUUCGAUUGUUGCUGGUAUUGGUUCUGCUGGUCGUGAUGAAAAUAAAUUAAAUUUGCCAUUGAGUGUUGCUGUCGAUCAGUUGGGUACGAUCUAUGUGGCUGAUACUAAAAAUCAUCGAAUAAUGCGAUGGCCACGUGGAGCUAUAUCCGGCAAUGUUAUUGUCGGUAGUCGUGGCGAAGGUUCUCGAUCUGAUCAACUUAGUGAGCCCAGUGAUUUAUCAUUCGAUUCUGACGGAAAUCUCUAUGUUGUCGAUGCGGGAAAUAAUCGCGUACAAAAAUAUCCCAUUGAUAAGAGUUCGUGUUAA